UGGCAUCCCGAGCCAAGCCUCCAGCAUUGUCUGAAAUCUCCAAAUUUAGAAGAAAUAUGAAAAUUGUCAAGCAGCCCUUCCUUAGGGGGUAAAAGCAACACUCGGCUGCGCGGCGGCGGGUCGCGGCGGCGGGUCCACGUGACGGCACCCCAGCCAAUGGAUCCCCUCGGCGCCCCUGACAGCGGUGCCCGUCGCAGCCUGGCCUCCUCCUGCAGCUCAUAUAAGGUAAAAACAAAAAGGUUUUGCAGCUUCUGAGCAGCCUGGAAGCAGUUUUUCACUGAGGGGUCCCGUGCCAGCUGCUUAAAAAACCCCGGCUGGCAGCACCGGGGUCCCAGUGGCGGUUAUAAUGUGCCGGGAGGAGGUGGCGGGGCUGUGCCCGCAUCCCGUGGUGCCUCGUGUGGCGCAGCAGGCUCAGCCAUGGGUGUCCCUGGGGACAUGGGAGCUGCUGAAGGCAUGUGAUGACCGAUCGGCCCCAGGAGCAUGGCCAGCGGCAAGAGACAGGCAGAGCCAGCAGGACAGCAGCUGCCGCACGGGCACAGGCUGUGGAGGAUCCUGCCCCUGUCCCCACUGCCCCACUGCACAAAGCGGGGCUGCCUCCCAGCACUUCGCUCCUUGCUCACAGCAGGAUGGUCCCUUCCUUGGGGUGUGUGUGGGGCUGGGGUGCUGCCCGGCAGGGCCAGCAGUGGGGCAGAGGCUCUGCAAUGGGGCGUGGUGGCAGGAGGGUCCCUGCAGCACCUCCCCUGGCACUGGGUCCCUGUGGCUGUUCCCACCCUUGGCCAGAGCUCAGGGCUGGCCUGGCCAUGGCUGGUAUGGAGAUAACCUCACACUGGCCAAGGCUGCUCCCAAACCUCAUUCCCAACCCAUGGAUGCCACCAACUUGGGGCACUGUGGGGGUCUUCUCCCCACUCUUUCCUACCAAGAACCAGGGGCAGCACACGGGGAGCUCAGCCCAUUGCACGGGGUGGCUUCUGCCCCAGUUCGCAGCUGGGUGCACCCAGCCGGGGGCCGGUGCCGGAUGCAGGGGCUCAGUGGAGGUGCAGCAUCUGCUUCUCGUCAGGCUGCCGGAGCGCGGGCCCCGCUCUGAUAGAUGCUCUGUUUAUCACGUUCCGGCUCUGCACAGGAUGUUAGUGUUCGCCUGCAAAAGGCUUUUUUGGACUCUGACGCUCCCUCCAUCCUCCCUCUCCUCCUGCUUACCCCUGGAUCCUCGCCCUUGGGUCCGGAUGGGCUGAAGCCUCUUCAGACCUGGGGGUGAAGGUCCAGGGAGCAUUCACCCCACAGCCCCUUGUCCCUGCCCAUGGGAAGGGCUGGGCUCAGCCCUGCCACCCUGGGAAUGGAUGGGGAUGGGAAGCAGAGGUUCCUGCCAGCUGCAGGCUCUGCCCUGAUGGGGACUGGGAUAGGGACAAGGGCUGAAGGGACAGCAGGAGCCCCUCAUCCCCUGGGGCAGGGAAGGGGCAGAGGGCAGGGAGGGAUGAGCUCUGUGAUACAUAUAGCCCCACACCGUACCAGGGUGCCCUGGCCCUGCUGAGUGGCAGCCCUGGGGGCACUUCUAUCACCCUCACUCUCUUGCCCAGCUCCUCACUAACUCUCUGGGGGGACGCAUGGAUUUAGAGGCAGACUCCCCCCCUUUCUGUCCCUAUCCCUGUCUGUCCCUGCAGAGCAGAGCUACCAAGCCCAGGUCUGUCCUGCCAAGGUGCUGGGGCUGGGCAUGGGGGAUGCAGACACAUGGCACUGGAGGGGGAAAACCUCUCUUCCUGCAGCCAGCCAGGCAGACACACAGCUUUCCUACGGGAUGAGCCAUCGACACACGCCAGCCGCAGCGAGGAUGACCACGGGCUCCUCCAUGUCUCCCAGCCCAA